AUGAAACCAGUUGUAGCCAUUGCUGGAGCGACUGGCCAUCUCGGCAAGCACGUGGCGUCUGCCUUCCUAUCUCCACCGCUAUGCAGCCAUUUCUCUGAGAUAAUCCUUCUCUCGCGACAAGACACAUUAUCUCCUCAGGUUCCGGACUCGAGGUGCGAAGUCAAGCUCACAACCCGCAAAUAUGACGAGAACAACCUGGCUGCUGCCCUCGAAGACGUCCAAAUCCUCGUGAAUACUGUUGGUGCGUCCGGUCACGAAUUUAAAGAAAAGCUCCUGCGGGCAUUGCCAGAGACAGAGGUGGAAGUGUACUUUCCUUCGGAAUUCGGAGUGGACCAUUAUAUCCAUGACUUCCCUCAUCUGGAAUGGGAUCAAAAGACGAAGCAUUUUAACCUGGCGCGGCAGCUAACCCCGAAAGUCAAAGUAUGCCGUGUUUUUUCUGGUCUAUUCUUGGAAGAUAGUAUUGGCCCUUGGUUUGGGUUUGAUACCAAGAAUGGGAAGUAUGAAAGUGUGGGAUCACCGCACACUCCCAUAUCUUUUACUUCCCUGGAUGAUGUAGGGAGAUCUGUCGCCGCCCUGUGUGCUCUGCCAAAGGAGAAGAUUCCUGAUGUGGCCCAUCUGGCCGGUGACACGCAAUCUAUCUCUGAAAUAGCGGGGAUUAUGAAGGAUGCAGGAGCUGGUCAAAUUGAUGUGACGGAGAUUUCGCUUCAAAAGUAUAAAGAUGCGACAACAGCGCAAACAUCCUGGUAUCCAGCUAGCUACCUGCGCUUUUUGAUGGGAGAGAAUCGGAUUAACCAUACUUCUACAGGCCUGGGAAAUGUCAAUGAGCUGGUUAAUGCCGAUCAAAAAUUGUGGAAAUGGGGGUCCUUGGCUGAUUUGGCGAACCAGGAGAGGGGGACACCCUGGAAGGACUUUCCAUGGCCACCUAAAUAA